AUGGUGUACAUCUCUGCAACAUUGGACAUCUGGCAUCAUAUACAUUCCUUAAUGCCACUGAAAAAUGCUGCGAGAGCUGCCUGUGUGUCUCAGUCCUUCCUGUCUUCCUGGAGAUGCCAUUCCAACCUCAUUCUGAGUAGAGAAUCAUUUGGCUUGGAAGGCGAAAAGGAAACAGCUAGAGAUUUUAGAAGAAAAAUUGAUCAUAUUCUGAGAAACCACUCAGGAACUGGCGUGAGAAAACUCAGCCUUCGGUUGGUUCCAAAUUACAAUGCUAAGGACCGUGAUUAUAUCAACAAAUGGCUUGAGAAGGCAGUUACACCAGGGAUUGAAGAACUCACCCUUAGUCUGCCUAUAAACAACAAAUGCAAAUACGAGUUUCUGUGCACGGUUUUAUCAAAUGGGAGGGGAGACUCGCUUCGGUGUCUUUACCUUACCAAUUGUUCUUUUCAUCCUAUGGCUUUGCUUGGUUGUUUGAGAAGCUUGACAAAAUUAGAGCUGUUUAUGGUGCGUAUUCCAGGGGAUGAGUUAUGCUGCCUUCUUUCUAGUUCUUCAGCUUUAGAGUGGCUUUCACUUACGUAUUGCAGUAAGGUAAACUGCUUGAAGAUACCAUGUCACCUUCAGCGUCUAAGGCAUGUGAAGGUGGAAGAUUGCAGCAAGCUGCGAGUGAUAGAGAACAAAGCUCCAAAUCUCUCCAGCUUUCAGUUUAAAGGUGGCCUCAAGGUACAAGUCAAACUUGGAAAAGCAUUGCAAGUGAAGAGCUUAUACAUGAGCAGCACCGUAUUUGGUUGUAACACUCGAGCAGAGCUGGCGUCCAGCAUUCCAAGCAGGGAGAUGGUCAAUUCACCAAUGGUGUCUAGCAAACUCACCGACCUGAAAUCUAUGAUCAUCUGUCUUGGAGAAAUGUCCUUUUGCCUGAGCUUUGAUUGUCAGUCUAUCGUUUCUAUCCUUGGUGCUUCUCUUACAUUGGAGACUUUCAUCUCACAUGUAUCUGAUGAACUCAUGCAGCAUGCCUUAGUUUUUGGAGAUCCCUCAAGAUCGUGGAUGUUGGACACGAGUGGCGGCGUCGUGUCCCCAUUGAAUAAGAGUCUGAUUAAGCUAGCAUGUCAUGUCCUCAGGGCGUGGUUGACUUAA